AUGGCCAACCAGCAGUUAAAGUCUGUUGCUGGCCUGCUUUUGCUUCUCAAUUUCUGCAUGUAUGUCAUUGUGUUGGGCAUUGGAGGCUGGGCCAUGAACAGAGCUAUUGACCAUGGUUUCAUUAUUGGUCCUGGUUUUGAUCUCCCAGCACAUUUCUCACCCAUAUACUUCCCAAUGGGAAAUGCUGCAACCGGGUUCUUUGUAACAUUCGCUUUGAUCGCCGGAGUUGUUGGUGCUGCUUCAGCCAUUUCCGGAAUCAACCAUAUUCGAUCUUGGACAGCUGAUAGCUUGCCAUCUGCAGCCGCAGCUGCUACCGUUGCCUGGACCCUCACCCUCCUUGCCAUGGGCUUUGCUUGCAAGGAGAUUGAGCUUCGUAUCAGAAAUGCCCGUCUGAGAACACUGGAGGCAUUCUUGAUCAUCCUUUCAGCUACGCAGCUUCUGUAUAUAGCAGCCAUUCAUAGUGCUGUAUCAAGGAGAUGA